AUGCUGCUGAAGCCCAAGGAGGAUGUGGGCGACGGCCAGGACGAACCGGACGUUCGUGGGCUUCGUAAAAUCCGAGCUCAGAGUCCUUGGACAUGGCGACCUCUCACCCUAAUUGCCACGGCAGUCGCUCUGUUGUUACUCUCUCUUAUCCUUCGAUCCUCCCUCAAGCUACAAGUCGAUCCUCAAGGAUGUGUCAUGUCGAUGAUGACCCCGACAUACAUCAAACUCUCGGGCUUCGAUACUGAGCAUUCUCGCUUUGCAACCAAAUAUUCACUGUACUUGUAUCGUGAAGAGGGGGUGGACGAAUAUACCAACGAUAACAUUGGGCUACGAGGUGCACCCGUGCUGUUCAUACCAGGCAACGCGGGCAGUUACAAGCAAGUUCGCUCUCUGUCCUCCGAAGCCUCCCGCUAUUAUCAAGGCGUUCUGCGGCAUGACGCAAAUAAGAUCAAGGAAGGAGUUCGGUCCCUAGAUUUCUUUACGCUUGAUUUCAACGAGGAUCUAUCGGCAUUCCAUGGCCAAACACUCUACGACCAGGCAGAGUAUGUCAAUGAGGCUGUCGCCUAUAUCCUUUCGUUGUAUCACGACUCGAAUCGAUCGCGAAGGGAUCCGCAACUUCCGGAUCCAAGUUCGGUCAUACUAAUUGGGCACUCUAUGGGAGGAAUAGUUGCGCGCACCGUGCUUGUGACACCGAAAUACCAAGCAAACUCUGUGAACACCAUCAUUACCAUGUCGACUCCUCAUGCACGUCCGCCAGUCACUUUCGAUGUGGAUAUUGUGUCUUUGUAUCAGUCAAUCAAUGAUUACUGGAGGGAGUCAUAUCUACAAAGAUGGGCCAGUAAUAAUCCGCUAUGGCAUACCACGUUGAUCUCAAUCGCAGGGGGUGGUCGGGACACUACUGUGCCGUCGGACUAUACCAAUAUUGCCUCUCUCGCACCAGAAAGCCACGGCUUCACCGUCUUCAGUUCCACCAUUCCGAAUGUCUGGACAUCAAUGGAUCAUCUCGCUAUCACAUGGGCAGAUCAAAUGCGGAAGGUCAUCAUCAAAUCACUUUAUGAAGUGGUCGAUGUCCGUCGUGCUGCACAAACGAAACCUCGAUCCGAGAGAAUGAAGAUAUUUCGAAGGUGGUUUUUGACCGGCCUCGAGGACGGCUCUCCAAAGAAUUUGCGGGAUUCUCCACACGAGGUCUUGUUGACCCUCGGAGAUGGGUCAAGGUCAUCUGUUGCCAAAGAAGAUAGCGUGACCUUUCGUCAGCUGGGGACGCAGAACCAGGUAUCUGCGGUGUUGUUGCCAAUCCCGUCCGUGGACAAUUCGACGUUCAAGCAGUUUUCAUUUUUAACAGAUCAGCAAAUGGACGCCCAUGGAAGCCUCGAAAAAUUGGAAGUCCUGUUCUGCAGUGCCUUCCCUCUCGCUGGUGGUUUAACAUCGACGCCCCUUCCAAUCCAAUUCGACCUCUCACCAGGGGACCCAAGUGCAACGCGACUUGCUUGCAAAAGGCCUUGUGGCGAUGCUAUAAAACUACCCGCAUCCACCAGAACCUCCCAAUACGCUUUCGAUCCUGUAUCCCCCUUUACAUUUCUCACCUACGAUUUGAGAGCGCUUCAAGAUCAUCAGUUUGUAGCGAUCGUUGACAAAUCAACAGAGAUCAAUCCUAGUUGGGUUCAUGCUGAGAUUGUGUCUGGGGCGGAUUCCAUCAUUGAAUCUCACAUCAGCCUGCCAAGGCUUUUGAUUCGUGGCUUGAAUGUCGAGCUUCCUUCUAGUAGACCUGUAGUCACGGAGGUCCGCGUGCCAUCACUACGUUCAAGCUUGCUAGCUUACACCCUCCAGAUACGUCAGCAUGGCUGUGGAGCAGAUGCCGAAUUAUUCACACCCCUAUUGCGCCAGCAUAUCGACAGUCCUUAUGAAUCAAAAUUCUUUGUCAAUUUCAAGCAAGGUGAUGUAAACCUUCAUGGCAUCGCUCCAUUUAUGCCCCCGACUCUGGACGGUCGGGAGACCAAAGCUGGAGUGGCCUUUCAGAUUUGGUCGGAUCCAACAUGCAAUUCAUCACUCGAAAUUCGCUUGCGUAUAGACCCUGCUGGAAGCUUUGGGAAGCUUGUGGUCAGGUAUCGAACUGUCUUCGCAGCGUUCCCACUUCUUGUCGUUGCCAUGGUGCUUCGCAAACAAUUCCGAGUAUACGACAAUUCUGGAGCUUUCAUUUCCUUCUCCGAGAGCCUCGACCAGAGCCUCAGGCUCCCACUACCAAUCCUUCUGCUCUCGAUGACUUUCUUUGCAACUGCCUUCACAACAGCGAGCUCUACCAACAUUGGCACGAAUCAUCAUUUGCGUAACAACGGAACAGCAAUUGAUUUCGCACAGAAUGACCUGCUUCUUGGUUCCCAGGAUACAUUCUUCUGGUUUCUCGUCCCGUUGGCUGGUUUAUUAAGCAUUGGGGCUUGCGUCCUGUUGAAUUAUUUGGUCUUGGGUCUAUUACAUCUCCUUGUGAUAGUUUCCAGCCUCGUUUCCCAGCGCUAUGUCAAAGUCGAUGACAGCGAAAAAGGUAUUGCUUCUGCAUUUGUGGCUAGCACACCACGGCGAAGGGCCAUCAACACAGCCGUUCUUCUAUUUCUUGUUGCAACAAUUAUACCCUACCCGUUUGCGUAUGUGGUGGCUUGUGUCGUGCAGUUGACGACCUGCACACGUGCCUUGAGGCACGCCAAAGAAUCCAAAUCCGGCCCUGCACAUAACUUUUUCAAUUACACAUAUUCGAUACUGAAUUUAAUGCUCUGGGUUCUACCCAUCAACUUGCCGGUACUGGUUGUCUGGAUCCAUAACAUGGCCGUCCACUGGCUGACACCAUUCUCAUCACACCAUAACGUCUUGUCUAUUAUGCCAUUCAUUCUGUUGGUUGAGACCCUUUCAAGUGGGGUAAUGGUACCGGCCCUGCGGUCUUUCAGAUGGGCAACCAACUUAUUGUUCUUCGUCCUUGCAGUCUACGCGGCCUUGUACGGUAUGACUUAUGCCUAUCGGCUCCACUAUAUUGCAAACAUCAUUGCCCUGUGGUUGGUUGUGUUACAUUUUUCCACUUACAGACGACGGUUGUCUGUCUGA